AUGAAGACUUCUUCGAUUCCCCAUCCCACCGAUCCGCAAAUCCUUGAAGAACUCAAACAAAAAGAUGUUCAGAUCAAAGAAUUACAGAAGACCAACGAACAAAUCUUGGAGCAGAAUUUGAUGAUUAAGGAGCAAAAUGAAGAAAACAAGCGUAGGAUUGAGGCUAAUUCCCGGCAAAUGGAGGAGUAUGCCCGUAUGUUAGAGCAGAACAGCAAAUGGAUGGAAGCAAUGAAGGCAAAAUUUGGUGAUGUUUAA